CGAGUUCGCGCGAUGCUUCCUGCAGUCAAACUUUCAUCGGAAAUGAAAGUGGUCAACUGCUCAGCCCAGGUUAUCCAGAAAACUAUACGACCUCGGAAUUCUGCAAUUAUGCCAUCCAACUUCCGUCCAACCGUCAAGUCAACCUAACAUUCACCGAAGUUGAAUUAGAGAGAUGGAAUAAUUCACUGGUCGACUUUAUCGUGUUAUUCGACGGUGUGGACUGCAUGUCCCAGAGAAUUGCCGCCGUGGUUAACAUCAGCACUCCAAGCUACAUUUCCAGUGGCAAUAGCAUGGUUGCGCUCUUCACCUCAGAUAUCAACACUCAAACUGGCGCAUUUGCCGCCAAAUUUACAACAGUGAGCAGAUCUGAACCGGUUCCGCCUUUUCCGGAAAAUAAAAUAUUGGAACGAUGUGGCGAAGACAUAAAAGCAAUAAAUGGAAAGCUGUUGUAUGAAGGAAAGGGAGGAGUCAACCAUCUAUGCAUCUGGAGAAUUACGGUCGAAUAUGGCAAAAUGCUUACUUUCAAUCUAACGAAGUUAUCUCUAAGUUACCCAAGGAACUGGCUACGUAUUUUGGAUGGAAGCGAUUGUGGUGCACCGGUUGUCUAUUUCGCAAACGGAGAUUCAGAAAAACGUCUCGUAUCACUGACUUCUACAACAAAUACAAUGAUGGUCAUAUUUGCUGAAAUAAAUGGGAACGGAACAGACAGGAUUGAGGCAGAUUAUUACAUGGUGUCUGCGACCCCUGGCUCUCAAUCGGAAGGUGAUGUAGUGUCAUCAGAAGCUGGUUCAAAAUUGAUAUCUAUUGCGGCCACAAAUCUGUUGCUCAUUACAGCGGCCCGGAUUUAUGCUUAAGGCUGAAAACUUUAGGAUUGGAAGCUUUAUAUCUCUCCCAGUUACAACUCCACAGGGCCUGGCAUUCAGCCGCGAACAUUUUCACUUCUUUUAUGUAGUGCAUACAAUUGUGUUUCAAACAAAAUUUGCGUCCUGUCAUCAAAUUGCAAUUGCUGCUUGUAUCUAUCUGGUUCCGUUAAUUUUAUAUAACAUAUUACAAGCGUAUUAACAGCAA